GCCGAGAAGGACGACAAGGUCAAAGCGCGCACCCUGAUUCUGAGUCUGCUGGCCGAGCUGGCUGAAAGCGGCCAGCUGCACGAGCAGCUUGACCAUGACAACGCAGACCGGCUGCGGCGCAAUGUCCAGCAUGUUAUUUCUCAGGCGGAGACGUGGGACGAGAUCGCUCUUGCUACGCACUGCGCAAUGUGGGCCACCUGCAAUGCCCAGCACCUGCAAGCUGACUCGAUGAGGUGGUUCAGCCAUGCGCUGCGCUGGACCGACAAGGCCGUACAGCAGUGCUAUCCCGAUGACAAGGUCCGCAGCCCGCUCCAUGAGAUCUCGGCAGAUGAGCGUGCUGUGCUGUCGGCUGCGCUUGGAAUUUCUGGCGAGUAUUGUGAUGGAGGAGUACCCGGUUUUGGACCCCAAUGCCAUUUCUCUGGCGACAACCAGACUCUGCGAUCAUGCCGCACGCACCCAGUCUGUGUUUGAGAACGGUGUUGACCACGGAGAGGUGGCAUGGGUGUGGUCCGAGGCCGAUCAUAUAUAUGGUGUGCUGAGGCUGCUGCAGACGGUCAUCAACUAUGGCGCGCUGUCCCAGGAGUCAUUGCGUCCGGGCAUUCGCCUUCUGUGCACGACUGCCACACUCGACCGCUGUGAGGAGCUGUGCGGCAAAAUCAUCUACAGCUUGUUCUCGUCCUGCUACAUGCGCGACACGCUGCUGGCUAUGAACCACAUUCUGCGCGAGGUCGACUCGCCAGACGACAACAAGCCAAUUCAAAUGACUGAAGGGAUGACGCCGCACCAGGUAGCCAUCAAUGGCAUGGUCAAGUACAUCACUGAGGUUAUGGAUACGGGUCCGACUGGGUUCCAGUUUAGUCUGCGUAUCGGAAAUUGCCUCCCGGUUCUGGGUGAGGCUGUCAAGUGUGGCAGUUCCACGGUGCUGGGCAUGGUGUUCCCGUAUCUGUGCAAAGUAGUCAACGAUUCGCGGGCUGACUCGAUCCUGGCCGACGACUGGCAGGCGCUGAUCGGUAUUCUGGUCACAACAAAGGAGUGCUACAUUGGUCCGUGCUCCUCUGACUAUGCUGCAGCUGGCUCUGACAGCGACUCGGAGGUUGCAGUAUCUGACUCCCAGCAUGACCUAGAUAUUGAUGGCAAGCAACACCAGGAGCGUGAUGCAGACGAGUACGAAGACGACGAGUUUGAGGACGACAUGCUUAUUGUAGCCGAUCAGGCCCCCGAUGCCGCCGAUCUGUCGGACCUUUACAAAUGCGUGCUUGUCUCAACGCUGGCAGCGUUCACGCGCAAUGAGAGGCCAGCGCCCAACUCUCUGGUAGAGCUGCUCUACGAGCUACGUGCCGUCAUCGACGAUGGAAUCGCCGACAACCUCUUGCAGCUGCUCGAUGCACGUGGCAGCCUGCGCCCUGGCGCCACAGACUGGCUAGCCAUGCUGGAGGAGCUGGCCAGCCUUUACUAUUUUGACCAUUCGCGCGACAUUGCUUUGCGCCGCUCUAUGAUACAGCUGUGUGUGCGAGCAGUCAACGAGGCAGUCGACAGCCACUCUCUGGAUGUGGGAGUGUGCCGUUUAUUCUGUCUGCCAUCGAAAUGCUGUACCAGGAGACUGACAGGGAUGUUAUCGCCAGCGUAUUGGCCAUUCUUGGCCAGAUUCUGAAAAGCGCAGCAACCGAUGUCUUUGGCAAGGUUCUUAACUAUGCUACGCGCUCGGCAACCGAUACCAGCUAUGUGCGACCCAAGGCUUCUCCCAAGGAGCCUGGGCAGCCUGCACACACAGAACCUGUUGUUCUGAACCUCGCACCACCAGACCCGCAAUCGCAGUCGGAUAGCGCUGGCAACGAGGACCCACAGCCAGCUGCCGACCCCAAGCACCUUGGGUACACACGUGUCUCGCUCACAAUCCAGUGCCUGCUGGAUGCCUUGGAAUGGCGCAUGUCGAUUACUGACGAUGCCAAUAUCGCCAACCGCUCAU